GAUUGGGAGUAGUUUUAUUCUCUUCACCGGGAUAAAAGCCUCUCCCUCUCCCCCCCUCUCCCUCUCUCUCUCUCUCUCUCUCUUAAAAACCCUAACUUCCCGUUGUCUGCAAUCAAUCUCACUCAACAAUGGCAAACAGUAAUCUCCCUCGAAGAAUCAUCAAGGAAACUCAACGUCUCCUCAGUGAGCCGGCACCGGGAAUAAGUGCUUCUCCAUCAGAGGACAACAUGCGAUAUUUUAAUGUCAUGAUACUUGGUCCUACACAAUCACCAUAUGAAGGUGGGGUUUUCAAAUUGGAACUCUUCUUGCCUGAGGAAUAUCCUAUGGCUGCUCCCAAGGUUCGAUUUUUGACCAAGAUAUAUCAUCCUAACAUUGAUAAGCUUGGAAGGAUAUGCCUGGAUAUUCUGAAAGACAAGUGGAGCCCAGCACUCCAGAUACGGACUGUGCUUUUGAGUAUUCAAGCGCUUUUAAGUGCUCCAAACCCAGAUGAUCCACUGUCUGAGAACAUUGCUAAGCACUGGAAGACGAAUGAGGCAGAGGCUGUUGAAACAGCAAAGGAAUGGACCCGUUUAUAUGCAAGUGGCGCGUGAUAACUUGGUUGGAACUCUUGUCUUUACAAACAUUUCAAGCAAUGUAUUGUAUUCCAUGUGGAUUUCAAAUGCAAAGUAGAAGAAUGUUGAAACAGAAUUUUAUUUUCAAAAGCUUCCGGUUUACCGCCUGUUAAUUGUUUUCUUCUCUUGGAAGUCUUGUCAUUGAAUACUAUGAUUAGAUGAGACAAGUUGUUCCGUAUAGUUCAGUGCUAAACGGAAUAUUCUAAAACCAUAUAGUAACUAUGGAAUUUGUGAAACCAUGGUGUGAAUGUUGUGAAUAAGUUUUGUUUUUUGGUGGUA